AGUGUAUGUGAAUUGUGCCUCCUAUGAUAGUUGUGGAUGAACAUACAGAAAUAUUAUGAUGACGGAUUUUAUAUAUAAUUUACGUUCUGUAACGCCAUGAUUGUAGAAAUAUUGGUAUUCUGCUGCAUUGUAACGGCCAUAGCAUCACCCAAGGAACCAGCGAAAUGUCUCACCGGUUACAUGACAGACGUACAGUCAUGGGUCGACGAAUAUGGGGCUUUGACAGUGGAUGAUAACGAAUUGGACCGUUCAAUUGAUCUGUCCACGAACACUAAUGUUGUGUUGCUGCUACAGAAGAAUCUCCAGUCGAUGCAAAGGUCCAACGUCAACAUACGCUACCUCAGCCUGGCCAGAUGCAACCUUGAAAGGGUGCCACCGAUAUUUGAUCAUCAGGACUUAAAUGGGAGUCCAUUGCGUCACACAGUGGAAUAUUUGACUCUUUAUGGGAAUAAUUUCAAGGACAUCAGUUCCCCUGGAGUACAGUAUGACAUUAUGCUUAAUGCUACAGAUAUAGUAGAAACUAACAUAGAGUUCGCAAAAUUUGGAGAAAAGUCUCUAUGGUCUACUGGAUUUCAAUACACGCAUUUCUCAGUUUUGCGUGAGCUGGAUCUACGCGCGUGUUCAAUAGAAAUUAUUAAUGGUUUAAUUUUCAAUGGAAUGCCUAAUUUAGAAGCCUUAUAUUUGGGUGAAAAUAAUAUAAAAUUUAUCCAUGACAAAGCAUUUAUUGGUCUCGGUAACUUGAUACAUUUGGAUCUUAGUAUGAACAAAGCUUACGACAAAAAUGGUGGUCAAACAUCUGUUGUAUUGGAGUCAGCAGAUUUAUUCGCAAGAAUGACGAAACUGAGAUCACUUGACUUAUCUUUUACGGAGUUGGGCAGAAAUGUGCGAGUACUGACUGGAUUGGGGAAAAACUUCCAAAGACUCUCAUUAUGUAGAAGUAAAGUCAGAAACGUUCCCGAAAAAGCUUUGAGUAAGACUUCUGUAAAAUAUUUAGACCUGUCGGGAAACUAUGGAAUAUUAGAUAACACUAAUAUUUUGGCGGGUUUAGAAGACACCCUAGAAGUUUUAUACGCAAAUGAAAUAGGAUUUGAAAAUUUUCAUUAUUUCUACAAUUUUAGAAAACUUGAAGUAUUGAAAUUGGUGAACAACGAAGUAAUGGUAAUUACAGCAAGAGUGGUCGCUUCGUUGACCAGUUUAAAGAUUUUAGACUUAGAGAGAAACAGAUUUGCUUCUUGGAUAGCACCCAUUUUCUCCACUAUGCCGCAUUUGCGGUUUUUGUCUUUGAAAGAUAAUAAUUUAAAUUUAAUCUCAGAGGAAAUGCUAGAUGACAUUGCUACUAUAUCUUUCGUAUCGUUAUCUGGGAAUCAUGUAGUGUGUAACUGUCAUUCAAGGGAACUUAUCGACCUGGCGGCAAGAAAUGAUAAUGAACAGAUUCAAACAGCAAUAGAAUUAUCAACACAGACCACUGAAGACACUCUAAAAGCGGCUAAUUAUCAUAUAGCUGAUAGCGAAUUCAACAGAAUAAUAGAAUUAAGAGUGAACAUUUCGAAACUGUGUGACAAGGAGAAAUGUAAGAAGAAUUAUGAAGAUAGAAACCAUAAAUUCUUAAUAAUAGAUUAUGAUUUAUACUCGUAUGCCUGUUUUCAUGAGUAUAAGAAUACAUAUAUGAGUUUUAUCAGUGUGAAAACAUGUAUAGAUUGGCAGCGUGGGUUACCAAAAAAUUACCUCAAUAACGGCGCUAACAUGCUGCUGUUAUUGAUACUACCAACAAUCUUAUUACCAUUAUUAUUAAUAAUAUUUAUAUGCAGAAGAAGAUUUGGUUAUUUCUUUAUAACUAUGAGGAAUUCAGCCACGUUGAGUUUGAUAUCGAAAACCGAUAUUAAUGAAGAUGGAAAGAUAUAUACUUAUGACGUCUUCGUAUCCUAUUGCAACGAUGACAGAGCCUGGAUGCUGGAUUAUCUAUUGCCUCAUUUGGAAACCGAGUGUAGUGUCAGUGUAUGCUUACAUGAGAGAGAUUUCCAGGUGGGCCUCUCAAUUCUAGAAAAUAUAGUUUCAUGUAUGGACCGUUCUAGGACUAUAAUGUUGGUACUUUCUAAGCAGUUCCUGCGAAGCCAAUGGUGUCAGUUCGAGAUGCAUUUGGCACAGCACAGACUGUUGGAGACGCGCCGAGAAGAUCUGCUCUUAGUGUUACUAGAAGAAAUCCCGAGGGGCCUGCGCCCGACCACAUUACACUAUUUAAUGUUAACGAAAACCUACAUCGUAUGGCCAAAGGCGACAUCGGAACAAGCGGUAUUUUGGAAGAGAUUGAAAAAGAGCUUGGUGGUGCAGCAACGCAAUAAGAAUAGUACUUUGGCUUGAUCAUUGCCUUACCGAGCACAUUCACUUUUGACAAUCAAUAAAACCUGCCAUUAUAACCUUGCAUUGCAAGCUGAACAUAGCUUAUGCAUGGUAUGGAGACUUUGUGUAAACUCGUCUGUGUGAGUUCUCUGUUUCACUUAUUUCUCACUUAAUGGUUUUAUAUUAUUUUGUAUAAUUCCACUACCACUACUAUCUGUGGGACUACAAAUAUUAAGUAUUGAAACUUGACCUCUGCCACUGGAAGCUUUAUAACUUUCUCUACUAGAUCAAAUUCUAAUAAUUAUUGAAUCUACACCCAAAUUGCGACACGUGUUCUCCAAACGAGGCAUCAUCAGGUAAUGA